UAGAUUUCAGAGGUUCUUAUUUCAGCAUAAGCUUGAUAAUUUUUUUAUAAAAUAAUUUAUUAAGACUUGAUCCUGUAAAGAUUCUACCAUUUAAAAUAUUGCACAUGAAUGAUAUGAUUAACUGAAGUCUAGCAGAUGCCUGUAGGAAUAUUAAAAUAAAGCACUGCUAUUUGGCCUCUGCUCUUUGUUUAAUUUAAAAACUUGUUUCUUCUGUACUUUUUUCCUAUAUUCUUCUAUAGUUUAAAAAAAUAUUAAUUUAUGACGGUAGGGAGUAAACAAAUUACAGCUGCUGGAACUCAUGUAGGAUUUCCUCUUUGGAAAUUCGCCUGUUUGUGAAGCUGGGUCACUGACCUUGAAGGGUCCUUUGAAAAGUGUAGCUCAUGUCCAGGGAUCAUGGGGAUGCUGAAUGGUAUAAUAGCCAUUGGUUGGGCUUUUUUAUAGAGAUGUGACCUGGGACCUCAGGUGAGGUGCAUGAGGAGAUAAAGGUAGGCUAGUGGAUGGAAGACCUGAGUGCAACUGAACUCAGCCCUGCUACAUGCUAAUGAAUGAAACAAGUAUGAUCUGUGUUUUUGGAAAAUGAUCCAAGGGUGUAACAGAAAAGAAAGGGAAGGAAAAUGGGAUUAUUUAGAUACAGGAAGACAUAUUUUUUGUUGUUUGCCGGUAUCAACUCAUUUGAUAUACACACAGAGUUGUUUCAAACUGAAUUAUAUUUUAGAUUUGUCUGCUGUUCCUGGAAGUUAUUUCCAAGAGUGAAAAACUGCAUAAUACAUUUCUAGUAUUAAACCAUCUAUUACUGAUGGGUAAUGACGGAGUAGAGGGAGAAGGCACCAUUUAGUCUGGGUUAGCUCAUGUGCUCUGGAUAACUCUUUCUUGAACACUUAGAUUUCUAAAGUUCUACUAGGCUAUGUUGAUUUCCCACUGCUUUCUGGAUGUGAUGAAUUGUCUCCAUGUCACUGUCAGGUAAUCUCAAGUAUUCCCAUGAUUGUCUGCCUCAAACUUUUUCAGGUAAUGUGCCAUUUGAUCACUUUUCUAUUGGCUAUUUUAAUAAGAUAACAAAUACUAGAAAGGCUGCAAUAACACCUUUCAACAAAAGAAACAUGUUUGAGUUUUUAAAAUUAGAGAUGCCCUGCUUUGUCACUUACAUUUUAUUUAUUUUUGCUUUUAAAUGCUAGAGGCACAAAAUUUUGGAUCUCUAGUGGCUUUCUUGUUUAAAUUCUGAAUUUUUGACAGUGAAGCAGGGAAUUCAUUCUCAAAGUCAAAAGGGAGAAAGUUUUUGUAAUUACCAAACAGUUACAGAUUCAGACACAGGAGGGAGAUAAAAUCAGAAUCCUGUUUUACUAAUUGUUUGUUAAAAGAAAAAAAAAAAUUGUGAGAUGCAGUGUAAAUAUUCACCUUACAAAAUUAUCUAGCAAUGCAAAAUAUGAGAAAUUGUGUUAGUCCAUCAGUCUGUCUCCUUGGCUUUUUAAGGAGAUCUACCACAAGGAACUUAAAUAACGUGCUUUCUUGUAACAGUGAUGUAAAAAAUAUGUAAUUUAAAGGGUUUUUGUUUGUUUUGUAUUUUUCUUCAAAGUGUAUUGGGUUGGUUUUGACCAGUAAAUGUGGAUUUUGUUUCUGUUCAGUCCAUAAUUCCAGCCAGUUCUGUGACUGUCCCUUUUUGAUCUCAGUGUAUUCUGAUCUUUCUCCUGCAUCUUUAGACAGGCAUCUGAAGCAUUUACCUCUUCAUUAAAUGUAUAGAAGAAUUUGGCACUUGUCUUGGUAUUCUGAAAGAAACUAAAACCAGGCUGUUGUGGUUGUCCUCAUGAAAGUCUCUUCCAUGGUAUACACAGAACAUCAAGGAAUAUAUUUUCUUACUGCUUAGAAAACUCUGUUUAAAUAUCGGCAGAUUUGUUGGUGAAAAGGGUAGAAUUUCUGAAUUGAUUUGGUGGGGUUUUUUUAAAAAUCCAAGCAAUUGAGUUUUUUGUUAAAUUAAUGUUUUAAACUUUGUGCUACUGAGCUUUUAAAGUUGGAUAACUGAAGUAAGGCUUGGCAUAGAUGAGUUAAAGGUGUCAUUUUUGUGAAAUACCUGUGAAACUUAGAAAUGCUCAAAAUCACAACACCCUGCUCUCUCUUGCGUACUUGGAAUGACACCUACAUAUGAAUAUAUAACCUACAGGAAAUAUUAAAGUAUUCACAGGCAUGAAAGUCCCAAUAGUGGCAAGGGUAGGUAGUGUUUCCAAAGAGCAAGGCUGUAGUUUAGGGUGGUUAGACAUGCCUUCCUUGAACGAAUGGGAUAGGAUACCUAGGUCACUGCACUGUUGUCACCUCUCUCCACACUUACAGCCUAUUUAUGUACUUUUUGAGUAGUAGUUGCACAAACCCUCUUGACAAUUUUCUUACAGAAUUCUUGAAAUCGCUCCGAGGAAACCAUUUGCAUUGCACCUGUGGCAGUUUGCUAGAAGUUGUGUGUGCUCCGCUUUGACUCCUCGCCCUGCUUUCAGAGGGUACCAUUUGGCUCUUCUGAGCCUGUUUCUGCUCUGCUAAAGGGGGUAGUGAUGCUGCCCUGUUUUGGUAAGGCAUCCUUCUGAUCAAGAGGUGAAAGACCAGCUAGAGCCUUCUUUUUACCUAUCUCAAGAGAGCUUUAAUACAAACUGCAUGAAGGCCUGCAGUCUCUGAAGGAGAUUUAAGGGAAUCCUGCUGGGAUUUGAUUCUGUGUCUGAGUCAUUUGAGCUUGUUUUUUGACCCAUUAAUAAACCCUUGUCACACUACUGCUGCUGCCUUUUGUUACAGUCGUUACAUUCCUCUGGAGUCUCUGUAGCCAUUGUCUGCUCUGUUUCUUUGGUUUUGUUUUUCUUCGCUAGGAAUAGAUUUUUAACUUGGCAGAAGGCAUAAAAUUCGGUUGCCACCACCAGAAAACUCAGUGUGUUUGCAAGGGCUAUAUAGUAGCUGUGCAAGCUCCACUGCAUGUUCCCUUUGGCGAAGUGCAGCUUCCUUCUCACUUCAGUAGGUGUGCAGCCUUACUGGGCUGUGAGUGCCCCUCCUCCUUGCCAUUCUGCCGCUCGUACUGGCAAAGGAAGCAGUGUCACUGAGGAAGGUAUAGAGAAAGCCUCUAAGGACCCAGAUCUGUGCUGUGGGAUAUUCAACCCUGCAGAAAGCUCUUCUCACCCUUUUGUGUGUGUGUGGAGGCAGGCUCUCCCCAUGGGACAGAUACCUAAUGGGUUUGAAAGAGUCUCUGUGGCCUUUGGCUUUCUGUUGAGUGUGUGUGGGCCAUUUAGAACAGACAGCUUUCUCAGAGGGGACAAAGGUCAGUUUAAAAUUUUUAGGUGUACUAUGUAAUGCAAUCUGCUGUUGGCAGAUUUGGAAGAUACCCAUGAAAUCUUUGUAAAGGAAGAGGCCGUUUGUUUCCAAGAGAAAGUUUCGGAUGCAGAGUGGGAAGAGGGGUAUUUGCUAGAUAUGUCUGAAAUAUGUUUGUUUUGAAAGCCACCAUUGAAUUAGGUGUAAACUGUGAGCCUGGUUUAUAUUCCUCAGGGCAGGGGAAGAUGGAAUCUGUUGUUUAUCUGAGUGCAGGUUUUCCCCAGGGUGCUUAUAUACACUACAGAAUAUUCAUUAAGCUGUUGGAAUUGUAUCUCUAAAUCUUUUCUUUGAUUUCAAGUCUUAAAUUUAAAAAGACAAGCCAGAUAUUCCCACUCCUCCCAAAAUAAACCUAAGUUGUGAAACUGUCCUUAGCACUUUUGCUGAAUGAAGCACAAACACCUAUUGUUUUCUGGCAAACCCUGUUUAUCCAUGUAGACACUCUUCUGAGAGCUAUUUCACUGUGUCCACAUUGUCUUUACCUGACCUUCAGAAAGACUGAUGACAAAGGGAAUAUUUGUAAGGCAGAUUACUGCCUGUUUAAGAUUUGGGGUUAUCUGUGUUUUCCAGCACAUGACAUUGAACAGCUACCAGGAACAAAAUAAUUUUUUGCAUCUCUCAAGUUACUGUUGGCUUUAAAGCAAGAAGGCAGGAAAGGGACAUGCGAUUUACAUAAGUUUAGAAAACCUUCAAAACAUCUCUUUUAAAAUUUUAAGAGGUAUAGGGCUACUGUCAUGGCAUGACAGAGAAGCUUUCCAAACUGGUUUGAGAAGAUAAGUGCAUUUUCUUUGUUAUUUUUGCAUUCAAGUAAUAUUGUGAUUAUUGUGCUACCAUUUAGCUAUACAGUUGGUCAUAUUUUGUACACUACUUUUAAUAUUGUGAAAAGGAUGCCAUUAAUAAUAAGCAGGAACAAAAUAGUUAGCUGGUUUUAACUGAGGUGACACAUUUCGGCUGUUUCAGCUCAGCUCUGGUAGAGGGUCAAAGACAAAGGAGAUUUCAAUUUCUAGAGCUUUGCUUUAAGAUUGAUAGUAGACCUGCAACCCUGUGGUUCAAAGUCAUGAAGGUAAGAAAUUUAUUUGGCAGUUCACAGACCUGUUGCUAAGAUAAAAUGAGAGGAAAGUGAGGAAAAAAGGAGUGUUCAAUGGGAAGGAAGUAUCAAGAAAAUAGACAGUCUCCUUAGGAAGACUUAGAAACAGAUGAAGCCAUGAGAAACUGAACAAAAUACUAUCAUAAGAAGUGGGUUUGCCAUACACGUAGAGUUAAGCACACAUUUUCUGUGGUGCUCUUCUGGAAAUUGCUACUAUGAAAUAGCUUUUGUGGGACUUGAGUUUUAAUGCAGCGGCUGUGACUACCUGCACACCUUGAUUUGGGUGAUAAUUUUGUUUGUUUCAAGAAACUAAGGAUAAUUCCAUUCUGCUUUUAAGGUAAUCUACAGGGUUUUUCAUUUGCUUUAGAAUGAAUGGCAGUGAUCUGCCCUUCCUUCAAGUGGCCAUUACUUUUACAGGUUAUUUAAGGUGAAAUAGCCAUAUACAAUAAUGUAGAUUAUAGCCACAUUUAUCAAAGUGACUUUUAUCAAUUCAGACUAAGCAAUAAUUUUUAAAAGAAAUUCUGAAGUUUUACAUUUUUCACUUCACUUGUCCCAGUGAUUCCCCUUAUCCUUUUUAUAUUUUGUGCAGUAACCAAGAUACCUGGCUGAGACAUAAAUCUUGCCUAACAGUACACUUUGUACUCAUUGUACAACUGGUUCCCAACUGUACACUAUAAAAGAUGUUUAAAAACAUCUAGACUAACAUGGAAAUUACGUAACUGUGGUAAAAACUUCAAAAGAAAGCUUGGGGGUUUCCCCCCCGCCCCGUUUGCUUUGUUUUGGUACAUGUUUGGGCUGGAUUUUUAUCCGUGCAUUCUCGCAAAUCCUUCGUAUUUGUACUCUUAACUGGUUCAUCAGGAGCUUUUAGUGAAGUAUGUCAUCUCAUGGUGGGAAGAUACCUUUUUUUGUUUUUCCUUUUUCGUAGUUUCCAUGUUCUUUUAGGGUGUGGUUCAAACUGAAAUGAAAUUUAGGUUGGUCUUUCCUUUUUUUGAGCUGCCAAAGGGUUUGUUCUGUUAGUAUUGCUCGGCUCCCUGUAAAUCAGACAUUCUUCUUGGGCUGCGUCAGGUUACUAAUGACAUGAUUAAUGCAGGAAGGGUAGAGAAGGAUGACGUAGUGGCUCAUGCAAAGUUUACCUGAGAAUUAUCUGUAGCUCUCUACUGUUUAGUGUCUGUGUGAGUCAUGGCCUGAAGCUCUGCCAUUCCCUGUUCUUCAGCUGGGCAAAAUCACACUUACCUCAUUCUAUGUAUGCAUUUCUCCCUUUCCUGCCAGAUCUGAUUAGAAGCACUUUUGUUUUAAACUGUUUAUGAAACAUUCAAUACACUUUUUGCAGAUAGCUGACCAUAAGGCUAAAUGAAAAGUGCCAUUAGAUAUCUGUGAUCCAGACAGCUUUAGAAACUUUCUCUGUCCUUACAUGAAUUCUGAUUUUUAUCAACUGAAGUCUUUUUCACGCUCAUGGGUUUAACAUUGAUAGUGUAUUGACAUUAGUGAGGUUUGCAAUAGGACUGUGAGUCAGUUGCUGUCCCUCUCCUGUUUCUUCUUGUGUAUUUGUACAGAUAAAAGAUUACAAAAUACAAACAGCAAGUUUGUGCUGCUGUCUCUGGCUUUUGGAACUUCCUUGGGCUGCAGGUGCAAGAGUUCCCAUCAAAUCUGGUUCACCUAUUGAUUCCUUAAUGAAGCAUUUGGGAAAUUCAUUGUACUGAUAUGAAAACACGGGCAUGUUCUCUGAUAUGCUUUGAAGCCUUGGUCAUUCCCUUAGUGAGGGCUGGCUCAAUGUACAUGCAGACAAUAUUUGUUCUGCUGUUUGUGUGUGAGUGUCCAUUAACUGUCACAUGUUCUCAAGUCUCUCUUAAAAGACCAAAACUAAGUCAAUGUAGAAUUUUCAAGUAAUGCUGAUUAUUUUUUCAAGAUUCCUUUGUUUUCUCUGUAGAACUGUCACAAAGUCUUUGGCAUCCUUCAGGACUUCAGCUUUCCUCAGCUGAAACUGUCACCUAUUCUCUGUGUGAGCUGCUGUCUGAAUUAUCUUGUGCAAAAAGUGGUUAAUGUUUAACUGUACAAGAAUAUGCUGAAAGCAGGCUAUCAUUUUCCAGCCAGCUUGUAUCUCACAACCUGCCAAAGCCUAUAUCAGGAACACAAUGUGUGGGAAAAACUUCUAAAAUGAUAGACAGAAAAAUGACUUGUGGGAAACCUGAAAUGCGUUGAGACUCAUUCUGUUACUAAAGAAUGUUUUUACAAGCACAGCAUUUUUACACACCUUUACUUUCUGAAAUUUUCAAAAAUGGAAGCUUGAGUGCAUAACAUUUGUGGAGAGUGUAAACAACCUUGAUAAGUGGAAAGGUGACAUUUCUUGGAAAUAAUAUUGCCUUAAGAGAAAAGAAUGGUCAAAUUGAAUAAUUAGCCAGAAAAACCCAAAACCAACCCAACUUAGUUCUAAAAGGCUCAACUACCUCUAAUAAAGAGAUAAUAAGUUUUAUCUCAGGCUAUACUGAUGCCUGAGACAAAACUUUAUGUGCACUUUGAUUACAUUUUGCAAACAUAUCUUACAGGAAAACAAACAUCCUAUGAUCUGUUAAUCUCAAAAGAUGCACCAGACAAGUAAAUUCUUAUUGUAAACAUAUCAUUAAAAUAUCUAAAAGUUCUCUAAUGCAAUGUGAACACUUUUUUCCUACAUUGCAGCAUAUGCUAAUAGAGUUAAUGAUUAUAAUUACCCAGAUGCCUAAAUGGGGAUGGCAAAAGUUCAUGUUCAGCUUAAUGUUGUCUGCAUUUAAUUUUCCUGCUUUUAAAGGAACUGUUUACAUUAAAGAGUAACAUAGAUUUUAUUCAGUGAGUCAGUGUUUAGGCAAAAAAUAAGCAUAUUGUUUGACACGUGCCUUUAUGUAAGCUGUGUUUCUAGAAUCUGUCUUUCAGUUUGAGCAGUGAAAUGGUAUUUCUGGCUUUUGUUUUCUUCUGGUGAAAUAACCAGUGCCUUGGCUGUAGAACUGAUUUUUUGCUUUAGGUCCAUACUCCUCUUUUUUCAUGCUUGCAACUAGAAAAUAAAUCAAACAAGGCUUUAAAAUGUCUUCUUUUUUUUUUUUUUUUCCCAAAAUUGAAAGGCACUGAAUGAAAUAGAAGUGUAAAAAGUAACUGUUCUGUAAAACUGCUACCUUCACUUGUGCAGGUUUAUGAGGCAGGACAUCGCCGCCCUCAAGUUCAUCAGGCUGUGGUUGUCUCUUGCUGCACAAAGCAGCAAAGAGCCCUGGAGAGAGAGAGAGAGAGAGAGAGAGAGAGAGAGAGAGAAAGCUCUGUCUGGCUCCUUGGCUCAGGCAAACCCACAAAUCCAGAGGAACCUUUGAUUGAGGAAGGACCUGAGAGGCAGGAAACAGAUGUUGGCAGCAGUGUCCCGGCUCAGGUAGCCAGAUAACAAAUGUACCAAGCCAAAAUAGGUAAGGAUGAGUUUUGCAUUGAUUUCUUGGUUUUGAAGAAUUUCUGCUUGGAGUCUUCAGAUGAUGAAGCCAUUGAAAAAGCAAGUGAAAACAGGACAGCAACAUGUCAAGAUUCAGAUUCCAAACCUGCUGUGAAAAAGAAAAGAAAGCAGCCUACAGAGUGUUUUUUAAGUCAGCCCGAAGAAAAGCAAGAGAGCUCUGUGAAGGCAAAGAGGAGGAAGAAGAAGAAGAUUUCUGAUGUUCUGCAAAAAUCUCCUCCAAAACCUGGUGUCCCUGCAGAUCUACAAAAUCUGCUUACUCAACAUUUUGGUGAAAACCGUUCUGUGAUUGAAAUAGAGGAAUUAAAGCUGUCAGAUUCCUGCUUUUUGCCAGCCAAUGAUCUUACCCACAGUUUUUCUUCAUACCUGAAGGAAAUCUGUCCUAAGUGGGCGAAGCUCCGGAGAAGCCACAAGGAGAAGAAGUCAGUGGUGAUGCUGGUUCUCUGCAGCUCUGCCCUUCGCUCCUUGGAACUCAUCAAGUCAAUGACAGCUUUUAAAGGAGAUUGCAGAGUCAUCAAGUUGUUUGCAAAGCACAUAAAGAUAAAGGAACAAAUGAAUAUGUUGGAGAAAGGCAUGUUCCACAUUGGGGUUGGAACUCCUGGGAGAGUAAAGGCACUAGUGGAGCAAGAUGCCCUGUGCUUAAACUCCACAAAAUAUAUGAUUCUGGAUUGGAACUGGAGAGAUCAAAAGUUAAGGAGAAUGAUGGACAUCCCUGAGAUAAAGAAAGAAACAAUUGACCUACUGGAGAAGAGUAUUAUAAAGCUGUGCAGAGAUGGAUCUGUGAAGCUGGGACUCUUUUAAUGAGUUUACUAACAAGGAAGUAAUUUGCAGCUGCAUUUUACUACUAUCCUGCCUGCAACUGAAUUUUGACUUUUCAGAGGUCUCAGUACAGAAGGCACAUUGCAACUUUUUCUGAGUUUUCUUUUAAUAAAAACCCAGAAGUUUUGUUUGUAGUUCUAGUAUUAUUUUUAUUGCUGGAACAAUGUCAUACUGAAAUCAGAAUUACACUGCUUUCACCUGCUAGAUGUACUACUACAUGUCACAAGUAAGACUUUGAAGAUGAGCAAAUAUGGGUGUGAAAGUCUUUGCACAGCUCAAUUCUCUGUUCCCUCACUGUGCUGUUGCAAAUGAGACAUGUAUUUCUCUCAUGAGAGGGGUAAUCUACAUGCUCUUGGGGAUCUUUGAAAAAGUUGUAUGAAUUUCAGUAACAUGGUGAAAAGGUAUUUUUCACCGAUCUGUUCUAGAGCUAACCAAAUGCUGCUUUUUGCUCUUACAUGAUAAAUUAUCUGUAUAUUAUACUGAGAUUUUAUUUUGGUUAAACUGUUGAAGUGUGCAAAAAGUAUUCUUAUGUUUGUCCAUUUAAAUUAAAAUGAGGUCAUUUCUG